CGUAUUUUGAAUUCACCAUAGGGCUCAGCCAUUCCUAGAGGAAUUCUAGGCACCUUGGAAAAAAGCGAAAUCGCGCUAGGGAUUUCAGCCGAUCUGGCAGCUCUUCCGAUGCCACUGGCGCGCCUUUUAAUCCAAAGCGCCUUUUUCGUGUCUCAUGUUUGCUCGUUUAUUGCGGAGGCCUAUAUAUGCUUCAAGAUGCUGGAAAAGGAUCACUUCCAAGUAAUCUGGAAGGCUGAUGCCAAGUACAUCUUGUGCGAGAAGCUUGAUAUGAUUCCUGACCUGGAACCGGAGUUGAUGGAGGGCACCACUGUGGCCUACCGAUGUCCGGCGUCAAAGGAAUCGGCCCUGCAGUGGAUUCAGCUGUACCAAGAGGCCGCCAACAUCACCCUGACGACGUACGACUCCAUGUCGAAUGGCCAAAGGGUGGUGUACUGGGCCAGGCUUCGUUGUCACCACGACGUCCCAGAAAAGCCGAGUCGUCCGAGGAAAAACCAAUCCGCCAAGGACACCGGGUGCCCCCUGCGCCUGAAAGUGACUGUCGCCAACAUUCCAAAACG